CUUCAGUUGGGGACCUUCGGCUCAGCCCGUCCCGCCGCUGCGAACGGGAGUGCUGGUGGAAGCCGAGGCGGUAGUACACGCUGCAGCGACUGAGGCCAAGGAGGAAGCACCAUGUCCGAGCCGCCCCCGCGGGGGGCCGAGCGCGACCUUUUCCGGGACACGUGGGUGCGGUACCUGGGCUACGCCAAUGAGGUGGGGGAGGCCUUCCGCUCCCUGGUGCCUGUAUCUGUUGUGUGGCUGAGCUACGGUGUGUCCAGCUCCUACGUGCUGGCUGAUGCCAUUGACAAGGGCAAGAAAGCAGGAGACGUGCCAAGCCCUGAGGCAGGCCGCAGCACCAGGGUGACCGUGGCCAUGGUGGACACCUUCGUGUGGCAGGCUUUGGCCUCUGUGGCCAUCCCAGGCUUCACUAUCAACCGUGUGUGUGCUGCCUCUCUCUAUAUCCUGGGCACUGCUACCCGCUGGCCUCUGGCUGUCCGCAGGUGGACCACCACCGCACUGGGACUACUGGCCAUCCCCAUCAUCAUCCACCCCAUCGACAGGUCAGUGGACUUCCUCCUGGACUCCAGCGUGCGCAAGCUCUACCCCUCUGUGGAGAAGCCCAGUUCCUCCUGACCCCACCUGUCCUGUGGGUUGGCCCACUCCCUGCUCUGUUCCAACUCCCUCCUCCUGCCAGGGGUUGCGGAUGCCUGGCUCUCUGGGAUCCGAGGCCCUGGCACCUGAAUGGGUUUAAGCUGGACGGAAACUGAGAGACAAAAACCCUCAGAGCAGCAGCUACGGUGACUCACAGACAGGAUCUGAACCCCAUCUGCUUCCAUGGAAUCUGUGAUACUGAGUUGGACUGGACUGUGAGUGGGCCCAGCCCUGUCUUUUGACAGGACAAUAACAUACUCCCAUGGAGGGUAAGGAGACUAAGGGCCAGACAAGGCAAGGAAUAUGGCCAAGAUCACUUGGCAAGCUGGGGACCUACAGGAUUCCCAACGGCUCAGCCAGGUCACCCCAUGGCAGUGUUGCUGACGGAGGAGCAGCAGGCACUUGGAGAAAUGCAGAAGAACACUAGUGGGGACCCUGAGGACUGAUUCUCUGGCAGCCCCUUCCUGAUGCAGGGGCUGCUGGGGUCUGGCUGGAAGGCAGCACAGCCCCCGGUCCAAUAAAUCCUCAAGAAGUUGA